AUGUUUUCUGUCAUAUUAACAAUUUUCCAUAUUUUGAUUGCAUUAUUUUCAUUAGUUUUGGUGCAUCAAGGUCUAAAGAAAUUUAAUACUCCUUUAUACAAGAAACUAAAUAUUCCUGAAAAGUAUAAACCCUUUAGAAGAACAGAUAUAGAUAAUUGGAAUAAAUGGGAAAUGUAUAUCUGCAGCAUAAUUUUAUUUCCUUUCAGAUCAUUUAUGUGCUUUGUAAUAUUGAUAUUAUUUAUACUAACAAUGUAGGUAGCAACAAUAGGUAAAGUUUUUCAUAUAUUUUUUUAGGUUUUAAACUAAAAGAUCCUUGGCCUGAGUCUAGAUUGAAAAUAUUUAAGCCAUUAUUAUAAAGUUUGGCAAAAGCUUAUUUUUAUGCUAGUGGAUUUAUUUUCAUAAAAGAAAAAAGAUUGAGGUAAAAAUCAGUAAUACUUAUAAAAAGAUUUGAAGAUUUUAUUCCUGGCUACAAAGCAACAGAAUUAAGUAAAGGAUAGCCUUCAAUAAUAAUUUCAAAUCAUAAUAGUUAAUAUGAUACAGUAGCUUAUAUAUAUAAAUAUUUACCAUCAUUUAUUUCAAAAUUGUCAGUAAGUAAGUAUCCAAUUUUCGGAUAAAUCACAACAUCAUUAAAAUCAAUAUAUGUUGAUAGGAGUAGUGAAGAGAGCAGAUAAAAAUGUAUUACAGAUUUAGCAGAGAGAGUGAAAUAAAUAAAUUAAGGUGAAUAGUAUCCUCCUGUGAUUAUCUUUCCAGAAGGAACAACAACAAAUGGAGAAUUUUUAAUUCCAUUUAAAAGAGGUGCUUUUGAUCCAUUAUUGCCAGUGAAAAUUUGUUGUUUGAAAUAUUCAAAAAGAAGAUUUCAUCCAGUUAUGGAUGUAAUUGGUAUUGGAUAUAUGACAUUGUUUACUCUAAAUUAAUUUCUUAAUGAAGUAGAAAUCAUAGAAUUUUAAGGUUUAUUUGAUCCAACAUAUCUUAAUUUACAAAAUUAUCCAUAAGAAUAAAGGGUAUUAUAAUAAGUUUAUAAUUUAGGGGGAAAUAUAUGCAGAAGCAUGUAGAAAAGUAAUGGCAUAAGCUUUAGGAAUUAAUUUAAUUGAAGCCACUUUUAGAGAUAGUAUGGAGUAUUUUGAUGAAUAUGUCACAGGCAAAAUUAAAAUAGAAUGA